GCGAAGGAUGAUGGAGGAGUGAUAUCAGCUCGGAGGAGAGCCGAGAUAAAACGAUCGAGGGGGUCUUCUUCUUCUCUGGCGUUUGUGUGUGUGAUAAGGAGGAGGAGUAAAGGAGGAAGGGGAGGGAGGGGGGGCAAGAGACCCCGUCGCGUUUUGACCCUCCGAAACCUCCCCGCACACCACCGCCACCACUACCACCAUCACCACUCCUCCUUCUUCUUCUCCUCUCCUCUUGAGACAGAAAACACCAUCGCUCACUCCCAGCCGUGACAUUUUGCAGCCCGUCGCCGUAUGCUGCGCGGACAGCGAGCACAAGGAGCCAAAAAAGGAAGGGACGCUUUCCGUCUGCCCUCCACAGCACCGAGCAUCCCCCCCGACGUGCUUGCGAGCCGGAGCGAGAGGCGCACCAGGCGGAAGGCGAGGCGCUGCAGGAAACCGCUGCUUCUUUUCUCACCGGGGCUCUGGACUACACCGGACACGGCCCGAGCAGGACUGGAUAUUUACGUCUCGGGACAGAGGAAGGGAGCAAAGCUCGCUGGACUAACCGAGCAGCGCAUCACCAUCUCCGGUGUAGGACUGGCUGUCGAGUCGCAUGGAGAAGAGGUAUGAAGAGCUGGUGCACUACUCGGGGUCGGAGGGCAUGUCGUUGGGGGGGUACGGGGACGACGUCAGGUCGCUUCCUCCCCCACACUACGGACCCACCAUCCCCGACUCCCUCAAACACCACAAAGACCAGAUCUACGGUCACCCACUGUUUCCACUGCUGGCCUUAGUGUUUGAAAAGUGCGAGCUCGCCACCUGCUCCCCUCGAGACCCCGCCUCCCUCUCAGCCACCUCCCACCUCCCCGGCAUGACCAACCACAGCGACGUCUGCUCCUCUGAAUCCUUCAACGACGACAUCGCCGCGUUUGCCAAGCAGAUCCGAUCAGAGAAGCCCAUAUUUUCUUCCAAUCCCGAGCUCGACAACUUGAUGAUCCAGGCCAUACAGGUUCUUCGCUUUCAUUUACUGGAGCUAGAGAAGGUGCACGACCUGUGCGAUAACUUCUGCCAUCGCUACAUCACCUGUCUGAAGGGCAAAAUGCCCACAGACCUCAUCCUGGAUGACCGGGAGGGCGGCUCCAAGUCUGACAUGGAGGACUUCACCGGAUCCUGCACCAGUCUGUCGGAGCAGAAUGCAUCAUGGUUACGGGAGCCAGAUGAAUGUGCCACUACUCCCCUGGGAACGCCGGGCACCUGCGGCCUGCCUUCACACAGCACAUUAGACAACUGUAGUGACCCAGGCGAUGGUCUGGACGGAGGAGGGGCCUCCCCCAGUACGGGGGACGACGACGACUCCGACAGAGACAGGAGGAACAACAAGAAGAGGGGCAUCUUCCCCAAAGUGGCCACAAACAUCAUGAGGGCGUGGCUCUUCCAGCACCUGUCGCACCCGUACCCGUCCGAGGAGCAGAAGAAGCAGCUGUCUCUGGACACAGGACUGACCAUCUUACAGGUCAACAACUGGUUCAUCAAUGCCAGGAGGAGAAUAGUUCAGCCGAUGAUUGACCAGUCGAAUCGCUCAGGUCAGGGUGGUCCUUACAGCCCAGAGGGAGCAGCUCUCGGGGGCUAUGGCCUAGACGGACAGGCCCACCUUGGGCUCCGAGCAGGUCUCCAGGGGAUGUCUUCCCUGCAGGGCGACUACCCCGGCGCUCUACUGUCCCAACCGGGCUACCCUCCGCACCCAGGUCCCUCCCUCCACCCCUACCCGGGCCCACACCCCCACCCCGCCAUGCUGCUCCACCCGCCGCCACACGCACACCCCGCAGAGCCGCUCCUCGCCCAGGGACUGGACAUACACGCACACUAGUUGUGGGGGUGAAGGGAGGAGUCGGAGUGUGUGUGUGUGUGUGUGUGUGUGUGUGUGUGUGUGUGUGUGUGUGAGGGAAAAUUACUGUAUGAAUGUGUGUGUGUGAGUGCGCGGUGAGAUAUGUAUGUGUGUGCUGCUGUGUAUGUGUAAUGACGCAUACUGAACACUAUUUAAAGAAAAAAGAAAAAAAAGACACAUCGCCCCGAAAGUUUACAUUCCCCACUGAAAGACACUGACCUCAAUAUGUAGCUGUUCCACUCAAACACACACACACACACACACUCACACCUAGACAUAAACAUUACACACACGCACACUGUCUAGACCCACAGGUUUAAGCCAUACCUCUUUCAGAAUAGAAGUGCUUCCUCCUCUCCAAAUGUCUCCACUGUGUCCUGUGGGUGAGACACAUGCUUUAAACUACACUUCCCAUCAUGCCUGCUGAACCACAGGAAGACAGCACAUGGACGUUACUGGAUGGGACUUUGAUCCUGUGAACACGCCUUCUUCACUACUCCCUGUCUUCCUGCACACGCCAACUGUCAAAGAAACACACGCACACACACACACACACACACACACACACACACACACACACACUUUACUUAAAGCUGAUUUUUUUCUUAUUCUAUUUUUAUAUUUAUGUGUGCCACUGCAGGCCGAUUUAAAUAUUAGUGGUCUUCCUCAGCAUGAACUAAACACUAUGAAUGACUUCCAGUCUGCCUCGCUCUCGUACCACUGACCUCCUUAAGACACCAGCAGGUGUCCGUUACCUUAAGAUCUUUCCUACACGCACACACACCAACAUACACACCACAAUACACUGAAAGCCAUUUCCACACACACACACACACACACACACAAUGUUCUGUAAGCAUUUCUAGACCAUUUUGUGUGCGUGUCACAGCGGUGUGUGUGAGAGGAGCUGCAGCCAAAGGACUCUCUAAACAUUCGGCUCCCUCUCCGCUCUGCUCGGACUGCUGAAACCUUUCUGAAUGAUGAUGGGAAAUAUACAUUUAAAGUAUUAAAAUGUUUUUUUGUAAAAACUCGUCACUGGCUUUCUGUUUGUGUGUGUUGUCUGAUUCUACCCGCAGACAGUUUAUUGCUUUGUGCAGGAGGGGGACGGGUUUCAAGUUUCUGACUGAAAAUGCAGGUUUUAUUAUUAAAUGAAUUAUAAUCAAAGAAGUCCGCACUGUGCAUACAUUUACUUUAUUAAUGAGUGUGCAGUUGAUUAAAAAAGAAAAAUUGCAGAUUUUGGUUAGACGGCUCCAGGUAAAUCUUGUGAGUUAAAUAAUUAAAUAAGAAGUAAAAAAGUUACUUUUGAUUAGCAACUCGUCAGCAAAAUCAUUUCAUUUCAGGAUGUACUUUAGCAUUUAGCAUUGUUGGCUAUUUAGUUAUAGCUAGUCAAGCCAUUUAUUGUGUCUUGCAUGUACAAGUACUACUAACUUAUGUAUACCUAU